ACACCACACCCAUGGCCUGCAACAACAUCUGCCGUCCCUGCGGACCCACCCCGCUGGCCAACAGCUGCAACGAGCCCUGUGCCCUGCAAUGCCAGGAUUCCCGUGUCAUCAUCGACCCUGCCCCUGUGCUGGUCACCCUGCCAGGACCCAUCAUGACCUCCUUCCCCCAGAACACCGCUGUUGGAUCCACCUCCUCGGCUGCCGUGGGCACUGAACUCAGUGUGCAGGGACAGCCCAUCUCGGGUGGAUUUGGUGGAUUUGGUGGCUUUGGCUACGGCCUUGGCUAUGGCCGUGGAUUUGGCUACGGGCUGGGCUGUGGCUAUGGGCUGGGAGGCCUGGGCUGCUAUGGCAGAAGGGGUGGCUACAACUGCUAAGGGCCCUCAGCAGCAACCCUGAA